AUGGUAAAAGUUGAUAAAGGCCCUGGCUUUAGCGGGCCGAAGGCCUUAGCACCUUCUAAAUGUGGAUCGACACAAAAUAUGGCUGCGAAUAUAAAAGUAGUCGUAAGGGUGCGACCCUUGAACGAGAAAGAGAUAGAGCAAAACAAUCGUGUGGUGGUUGAUGUUGUUGAUGAUAGAAUGUUAGUGUUCGACCCCAAAGAGGAAAUGAGGCCAUUCUUCUAUCAAGGCGUGCAGCAACCGAAUAAAAAUUUUCUAAAACGCGCUAACAAGGAGUUAAAGUUUGUUUUUGAUCAUGUCUGUGGCCGUGAUGCUUCUAAUCAAGAUGUAUUUGAGACUACUACGAAGGACAUGUUGACUUACUUGAUGGAAGGCUACAAUUGUUCAGUGUUCGUAUACGGGGCGACUGGUGCAGGCAAAACUUUUACUAUGAUUGGCAGCAAGGAAAACCCUGGCAUCACUUACUUGACCAUGGAACACUUAUUUUACACUAUUAAUGCUUUUGAAAAGGAAAGAGAAUUUGAUAUUGGAGUCUCCUAUAUUGAGGUAUAUAAUGAAAAUGUAUAUGAUUUACUCAAACCUUCUAAUACUCCUUUACAACUACGAGAGGAUUCAAAAUAUGGUGUGAUGGUAGCUGGGCUCACCCUCAAUAACAUUAAGACGGCUAGAGAAUUGCUUAACAUGCUGGAAAAUGGUAAUAAGAAUAGGACACAGCAUCCUACAGAUGCUAAUGCUGAAAGUUCUAGGAGCCAUGCUGUUUUUCAGGUGUAUGUCAAAAUGCGAUAUAAGACCAGCAGCCAGCUACGACUUGUAAAGCUAUCGAUGAUAGACUUGGCAGGGAGUGAACGUGCAUCCGCCACUGGCUGUGUGGGCGACAGAUUCAAAGAAGGCGCCAACAUAAACAAAAGCCUGCUAUCUCUCGGAAAUUGUAUAAAUAAAUUGGCAGAUGGAAGUAGUUAUAUACCAUACAGGGAUUCAAAACUAACCCGCCUCCUCAAAGACAGCCUCGGUGGAAAUUGCAAAACAGUAAUGAUUGCAAAUGUAUCACCGUCUAGUAUUAGCUAUGAAGAUACAUAUAACACAUUGAAAUAUGCCGCAAGGGCCAACAAAAUUCAGCUCAGCAUUAAAAAGAACAUUGUUGAUGGAGAUAUGAGGCUGUCUCAAUAUGUAAAGAUAAAUGAGGAACUGAAAAAGAAGGUCAAGGAAUUGGAAGCCAAACUAUCUCUAUCUACAUUCAAGUCAGUUAAUAAGGAGUCAGAUAUGGAAAAAGGGAAAGUAAAACAACAAUGGCGCACACGCCUCCAGGAGGAAGACCGGCAGCACGCCGCGGUGGAGGCGCGCGUGCUGGCGCUGAUGUCGCAGCAGCGCGUGCUGGCGCUGCGCCAGCGGCUGCGCGCGCGCGCCCUCAGCCACGUGGCCGACCUCGCGCACCGCUCCUCAUCCGACGCUAUGGAACAGGUGUGUACAGAAGAGAUACCACGGCAAGAGCGUGCAGCCGAAAGCUACUUCAAACAGUCCGUCAACCUCGACACUAAGAUAAUGAACGCUUGGACCAAAUGGGAUGAGAGUCGUAAAAAGCUACACAUUCUAUUCAAUCAAGCCGUCUCUGAUUGUCCGGACCUAAUAGAUUUCAUAGAAAAAAUACAAAUGCAAAGCGAAAUACGCCAUAUUAAGGCCAGAGAUGAGUUAAGAUACAAAUUGUUAACAAUAGAAAAUGAAGAAAUAAUGGCGUUUACAGAGUAUAUGAGUGAUAUGCCGAAUAUGUUGAAAAAAUUAUAUUUAACCCUAAAAGGCUACGAUAAGGCACCACCGGCCCUCACAGCGGAAUAUUUGGAAAUUAUGAAGAAAGCGAAAUCCGCAAAAGGAAUCUCCUGGUCGGAUAAAGAUAAGGAAAGCGAUGCUCAUUUCAAAUUUGUAUCAACGCUUGAUUUAGACAAACCGACGACUACACUGGACUAUAGUACAGAUAUUAGAAAGGAGGAUAUCAAUUCUACAGUAAACGAUACAGUGACUGAUAGUGACGAUUUGACAGAUAUUGAAAAUAAACCAAUAUUAACAAAGAAACGCAAAGGAACGCCUAUAAAGUUAAUGAAUAACGAAACUAUAGUGAUAAAUGACUCCCUUGAAAGUCUGGAUACGACCAGAAAUUUGAAUUCUGCAAAGAAAAUUAAGAGAGAAGAUGCGACAUUGGACAUUGAAAACUACGCAAUAGAUCCUAAGGACUUGAAUUCUACGUUUGUUUUGGCGGGAAAGAUUGAUGCGUGGAAAAAUAUGCCCGUUAAAGCUGAAGUUAAGGCAGAAGUGCAGCCGGUUAAGAAGGGUUUGGUCGAUAGGACUAAUAUCAUGCCGAGGACAGUUAACUUCAAUGAUAAUAAAGCGAAAAUAGUAAAGCCGGUGGUAGGCAGAGCGGUGCCGUUCCGCCGCGCGCCCGCGCCGCGCGCGCCCGGCUUCGGCUCCAGCCUCGCGCGCGACGGCACGCCGCUGCAGCGGAACGUACAAGGUAAGAGU